AUGGAGGUGCAAGACAGGAGCCGCUCCCCAUCCCGUAAGACCAGCCGGGUGGAGCAGGUAGUGGGACGAUGGCUGAGACGUUCCAGAGACUUAGGCAGCAGGUCUCACUCUCUGACCAGAGAUCGGGCUGCUGUAGAAGGGAGGUCAGCAGAGUCAAGUGGCUCUGAUCAGAGGAAUUACCCCUUCCGCUUCAAUGUUCAGAUCCAGCGUGACCCGAAGCUCAACUCUCAUGGCCUCACUCUGUCCUCCCAGACCCCCAUCCUGGUGCAGGAGAUCACCCCAGGUGGUCCUGCAGAUGGUCGGCUCGUCCCUGGCGACCAGCUUGUAAAGAUCAAUAACGUCGCUGUCGAUGACCUGACCCCGGAGCAAGCUGCUGAAAUAAUCAGGGAGUGUCAAGAAUCGUUGACAAUGACGGUCCUCAGAACAAUGCUGGGGCCAAAGUCUUCUUUCAUCACACCAGAGAAGAGAGCCAAGCUCAGGUCCAACCCCGUGAAAGUUCACUUUGCAGAGGAGGUAGAAGUAAAUGGACACUCUCAGGGCAACUCGCUGCUCUUCCUGCCUAACGUCCUGAAGGUGUAUCUGGAGAACGGGCAGACCAAGGCCUUUAAGUUUGAACCCAGCACCACAGUCAAGGACAUUGUGAUGACCCUGGAGGAAAAGCUUUCUCUGAGCCGUAUUGAACACUUCUCUCUGGUGCUGGAGCAGCAGCACAGCAUCACCAAACUACUGCUGCUACAUGAUGAGGAGAGGAUACAGCAGGUGGUCCAGAAGAAAGAGGCCCAUGACUACAGAUGUCUGUUCCGUGUCUGUUUCCUGCCCAAAUUCCUCCAGACGUUGCUGCAGGAGGAUCCAGCUGCCUUUGAAUAUCUCUAUUUGCAGGGAGUGAAUGAUGUGCUGCAGGAGCGCUUUGCAAUAGAGAUGAGGUGUAACACCGCCUUGAGACUUGCUGCUCUUCAUAUCCAGGAGAGACUAGCAAGCUGUGGACAGUCACCAAAGACCAAUCUGAAGAAUAUCACGAAGACAUGGGGCAUAGAGAACUUUGUGUCAUCCACCUUGUUGCGGAACAUGCGAGAGAAAGAUCUGAGGAAGGCAAUUGGCUACCACAUGAAGAAGAGCCAAUCACUGCACGAUCCUAAGCAGAAGGGCCUGUCUGCUAAUCAGGCUCGCAUCAACUACCUGGAGGAGCUGAGUGAUCUCAAGUCAUUCGGAGGGAAAUCCUUCAGUGCCACCAUGAUGCUCCAGGACAGGGAGUCAAUGGUGAGCUUGUUAGUUGGAGCACGCUAUGGUGUGAGUCAGAUAGUCAACCACAAACUGAGCAUCCUGUCGAAUCUCACAGAGUUUACCAGCAUCACACGUAUUGAGCUGCUGCCCGAGUCUGACAAGGUCAGCCUGGUCAAAAUCUACCUGCAGGACAUCAAGCCCAUCACGUUGCUGUUGGAGUCAGUGGCAGCCAAAGAUAUGUCCUGCCUAAUAGCUGGGUAUUGCCGAGUGUUUGUUGACCCCAAUCUUAACAUCUUUCCCUGGAUUGAUGACUCAAGGAAGCACAAAGUGUCUGCUGAGGAAGGUUAUGUGUCCCGCUGUGGCAGCGACUCAGAUAACUCGUCAGACUUGGACAUGGAUCCACUUGUGACCCAGAUGUCUCAAGACGACAAGCCCUGCCAUCGUGUCAGAUCCGCAUCAGAUCCAGAUGGAAGGAAGAGGAAAGCCAGGGAAAGAAGGAAAAACAAAGAAAGCAAUGAAAACAGAGAUAAACCUUGGGGGAAUAAAAAGGAAAAGGAAGAAAAGGAUGCUGACACGGAAAAGGAAGGUCCACUUGAUACAAACAGAGUGGGUAAGAAGGAGGAUACAGAGCUCAAGGAGGAGACAAAGGGAGGGAUAGGGAGGGAUACUUUGCAAAUACAGAUAGAGAUAAUUAAUGAUGCAGGGGAAAAGCAGAAACAAACGGGACAAGCAGGUGAGAUGGGAGAUGGGGGAGAGAUGGGAGCAGCAGAUGAGCAGCCUCCUGUAUCAGAAGCAUCAGAUUCUUGUCACUCUGACUCUCGUGUACUCACCAGCCCGUCCAGCGACUCCCUCGACGCUUUGGAGGAAGAUGACUUACUGUCGUGUUCUUCUUCCACCAUUAAUCCCAGUGCUCAUGGUCAUACCCACCCUCCCUUUCAGUUACAUCACUUCUCUUAUGGAAAUGCUCAGUCCCACUUUCUUGCCCCUCCACCAGCCCACUCUCAUCCACUCAUCCACCUCACAGCUCCCCACAGAGGAGGAGGAGGAUACAGGAGGUCAGGCGAUGGAGCCGAUCCCCAGCUCCUCACACCUGCCUCCCCCUUACCGGGUCUUCACCAUGUCCAAAAAUGUAUAGACAACCCUUAUUCUAGUGACAGCUCCCUGUGUUUCGCUGAGCUCUCCCGCCUUGUGGACUUCUUGCCGAGCCCUCCAGAGGCCAGCGAGGACGAAGAUGAAGAGGAGGAGCUGAGGAGGAGGAGGAAAAAGAUGUCAAAAGAAAGGAUUGAAUCUGUGAGAAGAGCAGGUGAAGGUGGAAGUGUGAGCGGAGAGGGUUGUUAUAAAGAACGUCCACUUGCCCCUUCCCCAUCCUCCCCCGCCUCCAACAUGGAGUUUGUGUUUAACUUUGACCAGAGCGAUGCCCGCUGCUACUACAAACUGUGCUCCAACAUCACCCCAGACAGCGCCCGCAGCCUCACCCGCCCCUUGAGUCAAAACGAGGGAGACGAUGUGAAGGUGGUGGAGGGAGAUCCUGCUAAGGGGGCCGACUUGGAGUCCGCUCCAAUCCUUCAGCCUCCCCCUGGCUUUGGAGACAGCAGUUCCGAUGAGGAGUUCUUUGAUGCAAGAGAUCGCUUCACCUCCCCUGAAGACCCCACCUUAGGGGCCCUGCCUAGAGAUAUUUGCACAGAAAUGAAACUGGACUUCCUCAGUACGCUCAGUCUCAGUGACAUUGGAGUGUCUGUGACUGAAGCAGACAAAGAUGAAGAAGCAGAGGAAGAUAGGACAGGUGAAGAUGAAGAUGAAGAAGGAGGAGGCAAAGAAACAUUGCACCAGCUCAGGAAACGAUCACGUAAACGCCGUUCCUUCAUGGAAACUGAUUACACCUCUACAGUGUCAUACCCAGAGCAUGAUCCAGGAUCAAAGCAGGACCAGGUCUCCAGUGAGAUUAACAAAAACCUUUCGUCAGAGAACAAUGAAGCACAGAUUCUAAGUUCAGAUCCUGAACCUUCCAAGCAAACCCAGAACCCCAGUCCUACACUUUCCUCCUUGACUCACUCUGAAGGGGAACCAGCUCAGCUUGAACUAAAACCCAUCUUGUCCAAACAACACUUGCAGGGACCUAGCUCGCCUUGUGGUUUUGAUUCUAAUGACCAGACAAGAGAACCACAUGCCCCCUCCAGAUCCAGAAAUCAAGAAAUGGAGAUGGAACCGGAUGCAAUGGAAUCCAAAUCGGUCACAGAUCUGGUGAAGGCGGCGUCUCCUACGAUAAGCGUUGUCCGCUGCCGGGUGGAUCCAGACGGUAAGGAAAGUGCUGAUCGUAGGGGUGACGGCAAGGAGGAAGGAGAGGGGCUGGGUGAGAUGCUUAAGAAGAAAGAGGAGGGAGAAAAGGAGGAGGCAACCAGUGUUUCAGAAAAUGGGCCUUUCACUCAUCAUAUGUUUUUACCAGAAAUCCACAAAGAGGAAAUCAAGAGGGAAGAAGAGAAAAAAGCCGGGCUCAGUGAGAGCUCAUCGAGUUCAAAGAGACCUCUCAUAGCUAGUAUAAAGCAACCAGAGGCUAACAACCUCCCUAAAUGUUCCAUAGGUGUGAAUAAAAAGAGUAGUAAUGGCCUUUUGGGAGGCCCUCUGAUCACCCCCGAGCAGAAUUCAUAUUUGGAAGAACAUUUAUUUGACAGCAUGCAUGAAAAGUCAAACCCUCUACCAUACUCUCCACCACCACCUCCACCGUCAUCCCCUCUACCUCCAAUACCAGUUUGUCAAAAAUCCCCAAGUGACUGUUUGAUGAAGGAAGAAGAGGGCAGUGAAGUCAGGAGAACCUUAACCAAAACAUCUUUGUGUAGUUCUGCUGAGCUGCCACUUAGCAAACAAAACCACGUGAACAAAGCACAAUUGCAUUUAGAAGUCACCGCCAGUGUUAACGAGGACGAGGCCAUUAGUGGUGUUAGUCCUACUAUGACUAUUAGCGAUGAAAUAACUGACAGCACCAAUUCAGACAAUGUUUUCGAUGAUGAUGAGGUGAGUAAUUCUUUAAAUUCUUUUUCAAGUGGCCAAAAAGAGGGCUGGGCCACAGACACAAAGCAUAACAGCGUUGCUAAUUCAAAGUCAACAACUAUUAAGUCUCAUCCUAAAACUGAAGCUCAUGCAAGAAUGAAUUCAGUUAAUCCUGAUUAUACUCGUACUAUCAACUCUAUCACUGCAAAACUCGGAGCUGCAACAAGUGUUACAUCUCCUACAUUUAAUUCAGAUACCAGAUUGAAAAGUGAUGAGGGUCUUUCAUGCUCAAAUCAAAGUGUAGACAAACCAAGAAGUGAUGUUACGAUUCCCAGAACUGAAGUCAAAGGUAGUUUAGCUAGUCCUAGCUUAGUCCAAGCGUACGCAGGCACAAUCCAUGAUCUAUCCAAAGAGCCCCCCUCACCAACACACUUUCUCUUUCAGCCAUGCUCCCCUAGCAUAAUGGGUCGCUUAUCUGCCUCCACGCUAAGAGGAAAGAUUCAACAGCUGCCCCUUUAUUUAUCGCGCUCCCAGGAUACCCUCAACCAAGCAGGAGUGGGCAAUGUGCGUCAAAGUCCUGCUGAGGACAGAUGUAAGGACGAUGUCGAGAUAACCAUCAAAGUUACCGACGUUAAUGACGUCACACAAACCGUAGAUUCUGAACUAGGCCGAUCGAACUCAGUGGAUUCAGAUGGUUCGGACACAACUGUUACAGGGUCAGAGGUGGACAGGGAUUUUCUUGCAGAAACAGCCGCUGCAAAGGGUUUUCAUUCUGGAUCAGAGGUGAAGGAAGUAAGCUCUCCAUCGCCGGUCCAGACUGAGCCUAAAUCCCAACACCGAAAUCAGCUACUGUACACGGGACCUAUCAAGAACACACCAGGACCAAUAACAGAGCCUCCAUCGUCCAUAGUGAACAACUUUCAGAGAGACUCUUCAGGCAUAAAGACGGACACUCCCGGACCAAUAAAAGAUGCCGUACCUUCUAUCCUUCCUCCGGUAGUUGUCACCACACAGAAUCUAAAUGGGCCUGGAAUCCCUUUUCAUAGUCAGUCACAGAAAGUGAGACGGACCAGUAGCGACAGGCCUUUGAUGGGUCUUUGUAGGCCCACUGGGCAGAAUUUGGACUCACCAAAAACACUUAAUUCAGGUUGCAGGGUGUUCACAAUCUGUGAGGAUUCACUGCAGACAAAAACCCCAGUCGAGCUGGGGAAUGCCCCGCCCUUAAAGUCUGAGUUUGGCUGCGGCUCAGUGCUGGUGUCUGGAUGUGAGACAGUUAUGGAAGAGGUGCAGAUGCCUCUGGAUGCCUGUGGUUGCCCUGCAGUUUAUACCAACUGCUUCAGUAGUGGGGACGGCUUUGAUGAGGAGCUGACCGUCUACGAGUUCUCCUGUCGUACUCAGAGCAGCGGUUUGACACAGACUUCUGGAGCAGGGCUUCCUCUCAUGACUUCAUCACCUAUUCACUCCUUUCUCUCGCCUACGUCUUCCAACAUCUCUCCCUCUUUCCCGCGCUCCAUCCUUUUCUCUUCUUCAACCUCAGAGCUCAGCCCCCUCCUCUCACCGCUGUCUGACAGCUCGGACUGUUUCCUGUCUCAAACACAAAAGGACACCAUUAGUCGGCUGGGUCAGCAGCGUUACCCAGAACCCCCAACUGGUUUCCAAGUACUCCGUAUAGACGUGGAUCAGCUCCUUACAAUCCUGGAAAGUACUGGUGUUGACCGAUCAGUGGCAGGAUAUGGGGGUCGCCAUCCAAGGGACACCUGCCCCGCCCAUUUUACAGAGAACAAGCGCGUGCUCCAGGUAGAGGCUCGGAGACUGAUGUCAGGCUGCCAGGAGGUGGUAGGGAUUGGACAGAGCCCAGAGGAAAUGCUUUGCUCCCUUGCUAACAGUUUCAGGACCCUGGUUGAGUUGGCAGGUAUAUGCCUCUGGUUCUCAGGCUGCGACAGGUGUGACCGGAGGAACGCAGAGGCAGUUGCAGGUCUGGUGGAUGUCGCCCGCUCAUUUAGAGACUUCUGUCUCGCAGCAGAGCGCGCCAGCAGCAAACGCAGCUGCCAAGACCUGAGCACCAAGCUGCUAGCCAAACAGUGCACCGCGCUCACCGCCUCCGUCUUCUGCCUCACUCAGCUGUUCCGCACCCUCACUGCUCUAUGAGAGAACCAAACCCUCUGGACGCUUGACAAUGACACUAAGUCAACAUGUGGUCUCUGACCUCACUACAAGGGAUCGUCAAUGAGACCCACGUUGCUGCACAUGUGGGCAGAGUGUGUCAUACAUGUUCAGAAUGAGCAGGUGAGGUUUCCCCAGAAACACACUGGUGGGGCACCGAGCUCGAUGAGAGCUCAAAUGAUCACAAAACUCUCAACAUCAUACAGUAGAGCCAGUUAGAGAUUGUUGAGGUGCAUGUGGUUGUUGACUAUAUGCUGUGCACGUACUGCAGCCAACAAACGAAACAGUCAGCCAACACCCGGACUUCAUAGUGGUGCAAACUGCAAAAGCAGAGCCUGCUUGCGUUACAGUAUUGAGGAACUGCUGUACUUGAAUGUAUUCUAUGUUAUUUAUUAUGUUUAUUUAAUUUGAUUAAUGGGUCCAUACAGUGAGCAAGCAAGGAAUGUUAAGACAAAGAAGGAAGAAAUUUGGAAAUGUUUACAGGCAAAGCUUUAGGUAGAGAAGUGGUGUGGAGAGCCGUGGAGCGUUGACACACAUACACAAGCACACAACCUCAAACACACAGUGUGAAUCAGUAUUUGAUUCUAUUCAUACACAGGCCUUUCUGGACUGGCUGACCGUGUAAAGAUAAGAAACUCUGCAUGUCCUUACAUUGUCCAGGAUGUCAGAGGGGAGUUCCUUGAAUGUUACUGUUUACAAAACCAAAAACUUGAGUGAGGACUGAUUUAACCGAAACCACACAAAUCAAGACUGAAGGUGUGUUUGCUGUUUUAUAAAUCCAGUAGCAGAAUGCUGAUAUAAGCGCAUUAUGUGAGUUUAUGAAACAGUUCAGAUGAGGUACAGAUCUUUGCACAUUCAACUUUUUGUCAUUUUGCACAUGCAUUCGGUCAAACUAAUUGAGACAUACAUUUGUUUGAUUUUCUAAUUUGUUAAACACUCUCUUUCUCCACCUCCAGUUGAAACACAGAAUCCUCCAGUGCAUGGUGAGAUGGGUGUCAACACUAAGUGCAUUAUUUCUUCCAGUUAUGACUACAAGUAGUGAAAAACCAAUGAAUGAACACAGGCACAGAUAGCCUUAGCAGUGACGGUUUACAAUAUGUAGCACUGUUGGCCAUCUGUGUGUGCAUUAUCAGCUUUUGACUGGCACGCUAAGUGGGAGGGUCUCAGGAAACAUCACUGAACUGACCCAGUCAUCCGUUGACAGCCUAUCAUUGCAGUUCCUUAAACUCAACACAUUGGUCACCAAACAACAACACAGAUUCCGUAAAGUUAAUUGUGAAUGAGCUGUGCGAUACAGCGUUUUCACUUGUCAUGUUUGUUGAAGUAAAAAUGAUUUGAUGCUCACUGGAACUGCAUGUUCACUGGAGAGUUUAAAGCUUCCACCACUGCUUUACUGGGAACACAAUUUAUGCAAACAGUAUUUCUAUAUAUAUAUAUAUAUAUUUAUAAUGGCAUUGAAACACUUCAUCAUUUACCUGUCCUGUUUUGUUCUCUGUGGUUAUUACAGAAUAUCAUUUCUGGAUUAUUUGUCCCAUUUUUUUUUUUUUGCUGAGAACUGAUUUACUUUGGAGCUCAAUGAGAAAAUUGUCCCCAAGCGAAGGGUGCAAAACAUUUUUUUUUUUUAAAUCAUCUGUGCUCACAAAGCAUGCUAAUAAGCCAUAAAAUGCAUUGUCGUUUCAUCAGGGAUUUUAUCUGUGAAUGACUGAAUGAUGACGUCUGCUCUUGCUUUGUAAUGCUCAGCUCCCACCAUUAAAACUACGUCAAGAAGA